AUGGAUGAGCUUCUUGGGCCUCUCCGGGAAGCCCUUGACGGCCCAAUUGACUUCCAUGGCCAGCGAAUAACAGACAUCUUGACCACGGGUCUUCUUACCGUACUCGCCGUGAGCAUACCCUUUCAUGAAUAUGUUAUAUCACAUCCUGGCUAUAGAAUGGGAUAUGUAUUCGAAGAUGUCUUCUUGACACUCUGGACGAUGACAGCUGGCACUAUAUUGACGAUGCUGGUUGUCGUUCCACCGUGGCCUAUGUAUAACCAACAUCCCGAAUCAUGGCUGGUUACUGGGGCUGGAGGGAUAGGCAGGGGUGGAAUUGUGAUCGAUAAAGCGGGGAGUUGA